AUGCAGGAGCACCGCCAGGAGUGGAUUUUCGGCGAAACGUGGUGCACGCUCUGGCUGGCGCUAGAUGUUUGGCUCUCCACCGCCUCUAUCUACAAUCUACUCGCCAUCAGCUUUGAUCGGUACAUGGCCGUCCGGCAGCCCAUCAAAUACCCGAUCAUCUCAUCGACAAGAGUCAUCCGCCUGAUGAUCUUCGGAGUCUGGGUCGUCUCUUUCGGGCUCGCCUUCCUCCUCUGGGUCCUUCAAACGCGAGCAGCGUCUAAAUCCGUCCUCUGCGUCCCAUUGACCCUCCCUGACGAAUACAUCCUGUUCUCCGCCUCAUUCUCCUUCGUCGUCCCAGCAUUUGUGAUGGUCGCCCUGAACGUGUCGAUAUUUGCGACGGUGCUGAAGACGGGGCGCUCGAGGUGUGUGUCGGUGAAGAGCGGGGCCGAGAUGAGGAUACAUAGGGGGAAUAAUAGUGCUCGAUAUCAGGGCCUCCAACAGCAGCUCGUGCGCAGCAAGUCCGGCGACCACGACGAGCAGCGAAAAGUCACCAAGUGCUCGGUUGUCAUUUCCAGGGCUUCAAACACGACCGCCAACACGACGCCCAGCGGGUCGGUGAUGAACUUGACGCUGGCGUUGGACAGCGGCCAGCUGAGUACGACGGAUAUACCGAAAUGCCCCUCACCACGCGGUGAGCCCGACAGUCCCCCUCCUCCUCCCUCUCCCCUUCCCCCUGCCAUUCGCACCUUUCUCUCCCACAUGAUGGUCGUCUCCAUCGUACCGAACAAGACCAAGAGGACAGAUAUCUUCCCCCAUCUCGCCUCAGGCGGGCGUGGCCGAGGUGCCAGGUAUUCGAUGCGGACCGAGCUGCGGGUGGCCAGGACGACGGCUGUGGUUGUGGGAGCUUUUGUCAUCUGCUGGUCGCCGUUCACGACUAUUUAUGUGUUGCAGGCCUACGAAAUGUGUUCCCUCUUCUCCGGUUGUAUCCCAUCAUGGGUCUUCCUCCUCGCCUUCUGGCUCGGCUACUCCAACUCUGCCGUCAACCCCCUCCUCUACGCCGCCUUCUCCCGCGAUUUCCGGGCAGCGUUCCGGAAAGUGCUCCUCCGGAAGCAGAGCAGCCUCAAGAGUUUC